GACUCUGACAAGUGGCACCCACCUGAAGCCAACCAGCCGGACAAGAAGGCGCGUUUCAGAGCCACUCUUAUGAACAUCAAUACCGCAAUUCGUUCGGGUAUCAACCGCAUGAACAUCCGCCCACCCCGUCCGGCAGACACUGAUGAUGAGGCGGGGCGUUCCUCUCAGCAAGACGCCUCCGCGGAUGGUGUACGUCUGAUCCCCCUGUUGCCUCGCCGUUAUUUAGCCAUUGCCGUCUUUGUAGCAGUAAAAUCACUCAGAGUAGGUAAUCCCCGAUACCGUGUUGGUUUGGCUUUCGGGCAGUUGAUUGGCUCCCUGACUGCAAAGCGAUCAACCAGGCGAUAG